GGCCCCAGUUGGCGCGCGCGUGGCGCACGGAGUUGCUCCUUGCCCCGCAGAGGCACAUGAUGGCCUGGCUGCAAUGGCUGGUGCGCAGCCUUGGCGACUCGGAGCCCGUCGCCCGCUUCCAGCGCCACUGCGGGCUCUUCCCUGCCGCCUCGGUGGUCGGCGAGAGAGGGGCACGUCAGCCGAAAGGAAUGGGCAACGGCGGCAGCCACCUGCCAGGGACUUGGGACGUCCGCAAUGGGGGCGGCGGCGCCUUGGCCGAGCAUCGUCCCCGCCCUCCGGCGGAUUGCGCCACCUGCAACGGCAGCGGCCCCAGCAACAGUCGGAAGGGCCAUCCACAUGAGUUUGUUGUAAAGAAUUACUUCUACUACUACCUGUUCAGGAUUUCAGCUGCAAUGGGCCAAGAGGUUUUCUACAUUACAUUCCUCCCAUUCACUUACUGGAACAUUAACCCAUAUGUUGUUAGACGGCUCAUAAUUAUGUGGUCUGUGGUUAUGUACAUUGGCCAAGUCUCAAAAGACAUGCUAAAGUGGCCUCGUCCUUGUUCACCACCUGUUGUGAAGCUUGAAAAAAGAGUAAUGGCAGAAUAUGGAAUGCCUUCCACACAUGCAAUGGCAUCAACAACCAUCUCAUUUACUUUUGUUAUUGCGACCAUGAAACUUUAUAAGUAUCCCUUUGAGCUAGGACUGAUGGGAGCCUUUGUAUUUUCAACACUGGUAGGUCUCAGCAGAAUUUACACUGGAAUGCACACAAUGCUGGACGUGAUUGUUGGCAGUCUGAUCUCAGGGCUACUGAUUGUUUUCAUGUAUCCGACCUGGGAUUUCCUUGACUACCUGAUGCUCAACAGCCCUUGGUGCCCAAUAUUCUGCCUUGUCGUGCCCCUCCUCUUGUGCUACAACUAUCCCAAAUUUGAUUGUUAUAGUCCUACAAGAGCAGACACCACCAUAGUUCUGGGAGCUUCAGCAGGGACUGUGAUAGGGUUUUGGAUAAAUAAUCACUACAUAGCAAACUAUUCAGCUGAAGUAGUCAGUCCUCCUUCAAUAACUGCCGAAAUGGUCUUGAUGGCACUUGAAAGGUUUUUGGUGGGCAUUUGUUUCCUAGUGGUCACACGCCAGAUUAUUAAAAGUAUGACACUUAAAGCACUGUGUUCUUGGUACAAGGUUUCUGUUGACGAUCCUGUAGUCAGACAUCAGACAGAGAUUGAGGUGCCCUAUAAGUUCAUGACCUACUCUUCCAUUGGCCUUAGUGCUACAGUUCUUGUCCCAUUAUUGUACAAGAUCUUAGGCUUAAACUGAGUGUCAUUGUAAUGUACUACUUACUUUUUGGGAGAGACCCAGUCCAAGUUACAGGAUUGCAGUCCAAGUUGUGCAGUGGAAAAGUCCCCAACCCAAAUGUGUUGUGCCUUUCUGUAUUGGUCUAAAACAUAGGUAGUAUUGGAAACACAAAAGGACCUUUUUCUGCUAAUAAAAUAUGCUGCAAUUUGGCAUGAGAGAAGAAUAUAAGAAGAUGCUGCUGCUUCAGUGACUUUGACUGGCUUCAAGCAAACCAUUAGCUGAGCUGCAACCUAGUACUCUGCCAUGCUAGAUGUUUAGCUGUCAUUUGCCUUACCACACAUUGCGGCUGAUGUACCAGAAUUAAGAUGUCACCAAUUCAGUGCAUUGCAAAAGAUUCUUACAGGAAGAGAUGCUCUGUUUUUUUUAAAAAGAGUUUUACAAGCAUUUUGGGAAGUGGAGUGAGAUGAGGUAAGGACAAAGGUGUAAGGAAAAAGAGAUGCCUUUCUUCAAGAUAUGUCAGCAACAAGAAUAAGAAACUUCUUUAGGAAUUGCAGACUUGAGGGCCAUACUAUUAGCUAGAUAGCCUGAGCCUAACCAAAGCCCUUCUAGCAAGAUGAUUUGAAUACCCAGAUUUAUAUCCUGAGACACCCACUUACCAGGGUGUGGUAACAAUUAGGAUCAAAGGUGUGAUGCUCUUAAUGCUCCCUACUGGGAUGGUACUAGAUUGGCUCACUCUGACAUUCUUCUGGGGCAGGUUUUUUUUAUUGCUUGUCUGAGAGCAGCCCUUUUUCCUUUCCUUUAAAAAGUCUAAUUACUGACCCCAAGUUCUCACAGUGUUCUUGGCCAAGCUGCCAAAGCAGCUCCUCUUCAGUUUUAUUUUUCUGUCAGCAAAGAGAUUUUUCAGAUUCUGUCAGCAAAUGGAGAUUCUAAACCAGUGACAACUAAAUGCUUCUGUGUAUUUGAGCCCUGGGAAGGGCAAACCUCUUUACUGAACUUUCUCAAGCUACUAGACAUGCCAAAGAAGGUCCAGUGAAAACAAAUCUCUUCCAGGCAUGACUAGGAACCAUUUUCUGGUUUCAGCUUUGCAUUAAAAACCCACUGCAAGGGAACAAAUAUAUAUCAGUUACCUUUAAGUAAAUGUUUUAGACUCUCAUGACAGGGGAAUUAACUGGAAUCUUACGUGUAAAAGUAAUUUUAAAAGAUUAAUGUAUUAGAAAGGGGAAAGUUUCAGUACUACACUGUUAUGGUUUUAACCCCCCCCCCCUUGCAUUUGCACUUGUGCGAGGCUGAGGUGUUUGCAUUUCCCUGAGCACCUUUAUAUUUGGGUGAUACCCAUUUUUUGUAAUAGAUAGGCUUAUGAAGGCUAAAGGCCUGAAGGCCACAGAGGUCUAGUAUCAAAAAUGUUAAUUGCUCAGGCAGAACUAGAUGAUUCAACAGGGGGGGAACUUCUGAUCUGUAUUCUUGAUAUGUUAACAUGGCUUGCUUUUGAGAGAAAAACCAGCAGAGGAUGCUGACCCCUUCCUGGCAACUUCUGUUCUUCCAGGUCUUGAUUGAAAUGGAAAGUGAGCCUGAUUGGGGAAAAUUACUUUGGGAUAAUAGUGUGGUGAAUUUGAAGGUCCAAGAGAUUAAGUAUCACUCUUUCUUGCACAUCAGUUCUUCCAUGCAAUUGAGGCAAGAUAAUGUGGAGUGCAGGGUCAGCCUAUAGAUGGGAAGAGCUGGGGUUAAAUCUUCACUUAGCUAUGAGGCUCAGUAGAUGACCUUGUGCCCAACAUACCUCACUGGCUUGUUUUGAGGACAAAAUAGAAUCAUGUAUACUGCUGAGCUCUUCGGAGAAAGGGUGGAUUUUAAAAAGUUAUAUUAGUGCCCCUCUCCCACAUAGCAAAACAAAAGGCUUUGGCCAGGGUAUGCGCAAAUGCCAUCUAGUUCUACAUUCAAAGAAAACAGAUUUGGGGUCUGGCUUUCUGAUUGCUUGAAGCGUAUCCACAUCUCUUGUGUGUGUUUCGUCACAAAGCUCUGAUAUUGCAGCUAUUUUAUUUUGUAUGAACAAAUGCACUCAGGUUUAUAAACUUCAACCUGCAGCUUCUAUUUUUGUAUCACUUUAUAAAUUGUACAGUAUAAACUGUUCUAAAAAACUGUCAUUUCUGGCUUUAUUCAAAUGUUUCCAAAACUAUUUUUAUUAAAGCUUAUUUCGUCAAGUA